UGACUUGGGAUAAACUAAAAGAGGAAAGAGCGAUGAUGGCGAAGAUAUUUAGACUGACAAAAGGAGCAAUCCAACGAUGAAAUUUGACACUUGACUUGUUCCACCUUGCUUCCCUCCGCUAAAAUUUCAAUUCAACCCAUCUAACAUAAUUUUCCUUAAAUGCUAGGUGGUCGUUUGACAAGAUUAAAAAUUCAAAGUCAUUUAUUCCUCAACAAAAAUUUGAAUCAUUCUGACAAGUGGGUGCCAUUCAAACCGCUUAGUGAGGUGUUGGCUAAUGGUUUCUUCUCAUAUACAUGACAGGUUUUUGGUUUUGGGUGAAGGCGGUUAUGUGAAGCGGAAGAAUUUGGAGAUUUGGGAUUGUUUUUGAAACCAAAAAUUUCGGGGUUUUGCACACGUUUGGCAUGCUUGAAUCCAGAUUGCAUACCAUUGGGUGCAUUUUAUUCGCGGCAUUAUUAAGGCAGUUUUGAAUUCAAUGUAUGGAGACAUUUGAAUCAUCUUUGCCGGCGGCAUUAAGAAUUUGUUUUGUGGGGAUGCAGCAUUGUUUGCAGGUAUGCCAUUGAAGCCAUUAUGGAUCUGGUAUAAGUGUUUUGCAGUGGGAAGAUUAUCUGGCUCGCAAAAUCAGAGGCCCAAAUGUUAGAAAAGGUAUAUGAAUUUGAUUUGGGUCUUUGCUUGCAUUUAUUUGUAAUUUGAAAGAUUUUUGGAAGGGAAGGCUUGGGUGUUUGAGAACGGUAGAGGAAAGAGGAAGUUCAAUUUGAUUGAUAAAGCUUUUAGGGCAGAAUUAGAAGCGUUUCUUAUGGUAAACGUAUAUAAGCUAGAAUUGGAAACUAGAAUGAUGCAAUUCCCCAGAGUCAGAUCACAACUCAAUGUAGGUUAUUCAUAUUGAGAGUGGGUGCAAUUUCAGUUUUUUUUGUUUUUCCCCAGUUGGGUUCUUGGGGAGGUUGAUUCUGAUAUUGGUGUAUUUAACAGGACCAUCCAUUUGUUUAUGCACUAUUAAGGCCCACUGCAUCCUGAACAAAGAGGUUUUCAUUUUCUUGAAUGACAUAGUUCAUGACGAACUUGUCUUUUUGAGUAGUUAUGUCGUUUGAGUUUUAGUUAUCCUGGCUAAAAUUAAGGUCUUAUUGAAAUGAAAGGCUUGGCUUUAAUUUUGGUACUAUGUCAAACCCUUGUGAUGGCCUAGGAGAAUGGGGUUACGAGAAGCUUCGAUUCUAUUUGAACAGAAUAUUUAAGUUUGCGUGUCGAGAAUUUUUUCAAGAUCUUGAUUUCUGAGAUGAGGAUAAUCCUUGAACGAGCCGCUUCUUCAGUUACCUCUUUUGAUUGGGUGUUGGUUACCCUAGCUAUGAAGUGUUCGCAUUAUAAUUUUGUGGUUUUGAACCGUCGGGGGUAAGGGCUCAAUAAGUAACUGGCUAAUUAGGACGCUCAAGUUCAAGAUUGCCUGUGGAGCGAUUCUCCAGCAGGAGGCAUGCACUGGUUCCGAUAUAAGGGAUUGGUUCUUGUUUUGGUUCUACAUCAAGCCUUUGUGAUAGGCUUGUCGGAUGGGAUUGCUUAUAAUUGUGAGGAUGACGGGUGGAGCGUGGAGACUAUACAUCAGUGCCAAAAGAUCAGUGACUUUCUUAUUGCUUUGGCCUACUUUUCAAUUCCUCUCGAGCUUCUAUAUUUUGUGAGCUGUUCUAGUUCCUUUCCAUUUAGAUGGGUACUGUUCCAGUUUGGAGCCUUCAUCGUUUUAUGUGGGCUGACUCACUUUGUUAGCAUAUGGGCCUAUGAGUUACCCUCUUUUCGUGUAAUGUUGGCCUUAACCAUCUUCAAAGUAUUCACAGCCUUUGUGUCCUCUGCAACAGCAAUAACUCUUGUAACCUUGAUACCACAGUUGCUGCGUGUGAAGGUGAGGGAAGUGUUCCUUAAGAAUAAGGCAAUUGAGCUGAACAGAGAAGUGGGACUUAUGAAGAAACAAGAAGAAGCAAGUUGGCAUGUGAGAAUGCUAACUCAAGAAAUUCGUAGUUCUCUUGAUAGACACACUAUUUUAAACACUACACUGAUUGAGUUGUCCAAGGUUUUAAAUUUGGAGAACUGCACAAUAUGGAUGCCUAGUGAAGACAGGACCCUUAUGGAGCUAACUCACGAGCUUAAGCGUCGCCUUUUACAGGAGAAAAUAACUAUACCAAUAGCUGAUCCUGAUGUGGUCAAGACAAAAGGUAGUGCUUCAGUAGUUAUCUUGAAGUCUGGCUCUAUCUUAGGCAAAGCAAGCAGUCAUCAAUGGUUGUUGUCUGGGGAAAUGGCAGCAAUAAGAAUGCCUAUGUUGAAGGCGUCCAAUUUUAAGGGUGGGACACCAGAGCUUGUAGAGACAUCAUAUGCAAUCUUAGUACUUGUAUUGCCUUCUAAAGGCAAAAGGGUGUGGAGCUCGCAAGAAUUGGAAAUUGUAGAAGUUGUGGCUGAUCAGGUUGCUGUCGCUCUUUCUCAUGCAGCUGUGUUGGAGGAAUCACAGCAAAUGAGGGACAGGUUGGUCGACCAAAACAAAUCAUUACAAAGAGCAAGGCAAGAUGCAGUGAUGGCAAAUCAAGCACGAAAUUCCUUUCAGAGGGUGAUGAACCAUGAGAUGAGAAGGCCCAUGCACUCCAUCUGUGGACUUUCAUCUAUUUUGCAGGCUGAAAACUGGAAAGAUGAACAACGACCCCUCGUAGAUAUGUUAGCAAAAAGUAGUAGUCUUCUUAACACACUUGUAAAUGAUAUAAUGGAUGCAUUAUAUUUAGAAAAUAACACUCUAAAGCUUGAGUUACACUUUUUCCAGCUUCCUGUAAUGCUGAAAGAGGCAGCAUAUCUGACAAAGCAAAUGUGUAUGUCCAAGGGUAUUCAAUUUGGAACAAACAUUGGCGCUGAUAUCCCCAAGUAUGUGAUUGGUGAUGAGAAGCGCAUUUUUCAGACUGUCAUGCAUACUGUUGGAAAUGUGAGUAACUAUAUUAAAAAAGGAGCCAUAACACUUAAUGUUAGCGUUCAAAACAGAGAUGACGGAAGAUGGGAUCCAGGGAAUACAGCAUGGAGACCAUCAUUGUGUGAAGGCUUUGUAUUUUUGCGGUUUGAAGUCAGAAGUACUGCCUCAGGAUAUGAUGGAGUAAAUUUUUUAAAGUUUUCAAAAGCCAUGCAGCAAGACAAAAGUUAUUCUCCAAGUUUCAUUGGGGCAGGGCUUGGAUUUUCUAUUUGUAAGAGAUUUGUUCAGCUUAUGCAUGGUAAUAUAUGGAUCGAGCCUGAUUCUCAUGGUGUGGGCCAUGUAGUAACCUUCAUAAUUAGACUACAAUUGCAGGCAUCAAGUGGGAGCAAUCUGCGAGUGCCUGAUGUUGAAACAUCUUACAAAUCUAAUUUUAAAGGUUUGAAAGUUCUUCUUGCAGAUGACAACAGAGUUAAUUGUGCUGUUAGUAGGAGGCUGCUUGAAAAAUUAGGCUUCCAAACAACUGUAACAGAUACAGGAUACCAAUGCUUAAGGAAACUGUUUGAGCCUGGCUGUGUGUUCCAUUUGAUCCUACUGGAAAUGUGUAUGCCUGAGAUGGAUGGUUAUGAGGUGGCAUGCCAUAUACGACAAAAGUUCCGACCUGCAAAUCGACCUUUGAUUGUUGCUUUGACAGCCCAUUCAAGCAAGGUUAUUGAGGAUAGAUGCCUUGAAAUUGGAAUGGCGGGUGUUAUUUGGAAGCCUAUUUCUUUAAGAGAGUUGAGCAAUGUACUUUUUAAAAUCAUCCACCAGAGGGAUGCCAUACUUGACAAUGAAUAAUCAAAACAAUUUUUUUUCUAAA